UUAUUAUGGUUGUUGUUGUUGUUAUUAGUAGAAAUAAUAUGGUUAUUGUUAUUAUUCUGAGUAUUCAUAUUCAAAGCCAUUGUUAGAUUCGUUAAUUGAUGACAAAAUGAUCACAAAAUUUUAUGUCGAGAGAAAUAGAUUAUUAAAAAAAAAUGGAAAGGAAUAAUAACUAUUAUUGUAUCGAUGAUAUUGCCAGAUGAUGAAUAUCACACAUUAUAGAAAAAAAAACAAAAAAAAAUUGGUCAUCGAUACGCGAUAUGCCAAAUUAUUUAAGGGCAAAACAAACUUUGAAGCCAGAGAGUAGUUUUUUUUUCUUUCGAGGUUGAGCAGUGUAUCAUCAUCAUCAUAUCAUAUAAUUGAAAAAUAUGAAUGAAAAAAAAGAAAGUGAAUAAUUUUAUGGAAGAUUGUGAUUCAUUAAGAUUUUCGUUUGUUUGUCUGUUAUAAUAAUUGAAUUGAAUUUGAUGAUUAACAAUGAAAAAAAAAUCAAAUAAUGCCUUCAGUGUACCAUGGUACACAAAUAUGAACAAGAUAUCUUGUUGCUGCUGCCUAUGCAAAAUUAUGGAAAACAUCAAACUCAAACACACACACCAUCACACACACAACAAAGUGAAAGGCGAUUCUAUACAACACUAUCGAUUGUUGUCGUCGACAAUCGAAUUCAUCGUUUCGAUUUAUUGCAACAAUAAAAAAAAAAUUUUUAAACACAAAAUUUCAAAUGGAUCAACCACAACAAAAUCAAUUAUCGGAUGAUAAUUUAAAAUCAUCAAAAAAGAGAUAUAAAACACAUUCAUCAGAUGAUAAUGAUGAUUCUGAUCUUGACAACUAUGUUCCUUAUGUUCCAUUGAAACAACGACGUCAAGCAAAAUUGGCAGAAAUUAGCCAUAAAAAAUUAUUAAUUUCUGGACAUCCAAGUGAAGAUGAUGAAUCACAAUCAUUACCUGGUUCCGAUGAUGAACAAUCACAACAUACUACAAAUCAAACAAACGUUGAUAAUGAAUUGGAAAAACUUCGACGAGCUAAACUAAGUUUAUUGGAUCAACAUUCUAAAUUGAAGAAAAAAGCCGAAGCUAAAAAAGAAAAUGAUAUUGAAAAGCAGCUUAAAGAAGAGGAAAAGAUAUUGGAAAGUGUAGCGGAAAAAAAGGCAUUGAUGGCUGUAUCAGAAUUGGCCAAAGGUAUACAAUAUCAAGAUCCGAUUAAAACCUCAUGGAAGGCGCCGAAAUACAUAUUGAACAAAGCAGAAGAAUCACAUGAAAAAGUUCGAAAGAAAUAUCGUAUCACCGUGGAAGGUGAAUCAUUACCGCCGACAAUAACAUCGUUUCGAUCGAUGAAAUUUCCUAAAUGUUUGUUAAAUAGCCUGAAAAAGCAGAAUAUUAAAAAACCAUCGCCCAUACAAAUGCAAGGAUUACCAGCUGUUCUAUCGGGUCGAGACAUCAUUGGCAUUGCAUUCACUGGUUCAGGAAAAACAUUGGUUUUUGUUCUACCCAUAAUCAUGUUUUGUUUGGAACAAGAAUACAAAUUAGCUUUUCAACGAAACGAAGGUCCAUACGGAUUAAUCAUAGUACCAUCAAGAGAAUUGGCUAGACAAAUUUUUGAAAUUAUUGAAUUCUAUAGCCAAAGUGUCGCGCUACAUGAUCGAAAAAUGCCUCGUUUACGUACAUGUCUUUGCAUUGGUGGAUUAUCGAUCAAAGAACAAUUGGAAACAAUCAAUCAUGGUGUACAUAUCAUGGUCGCUACACCGGGACGUUUGAUUGAUAUGUUGGAAAAGAAAAUGGUCAAUCUAAAUGUUUGCCGAUAUCUGUGCAUGGAUGAAGCUGAUCGUAUGAUCGAUAUGGGUUUCGAAGAAGAUAUUCGUACCAUAUUUUCCUAUUUCAAUGGACAACGACAGACACUUUUGUUUUCGGCUACGAUGCCGAAGAAAAUACAAAAUUUUGCUCGUAGUGCUUUAGUGAAACCAGUGACCAUCAAUGUUGGCAGAGCUGGUGCCGCAUCCAAAGAUGUUGUACAAGAAGUUGAAUAUGUUAAACCAGAAGCAAAAAUUGUACAUCUUUUAUCAUGUUUACAGAAAACCGAACCACGUGUAUUGAUUUUUGCUGAGAAAAAACAAGAUGUCGAUGCUAUACAUGAAUAUCUAUUAUUGAAAGGUGUUGAGGCUGUCGCUAUUCAUGGUGGUAAAGAUCAAGAAGAACGAUUACGUGCUGUGAAUGAAUUCAAAAGUGGUGAAAAAGAUGUAUUGGUAGCUACAGAUGUUGCAUCGAAAGGAUUGGAUUUUCCUGAAAUUAAACAUGUUAUUAAUUAUGAUAUGCCAGAUGAUAUUGAAAAUUAUGUACAUCGUAUUGGUCGUACUGGUCGUUAUGGUAAAAAAGGUAUUGCAACAACAUUCAUCAAUAAAUCAGUUGAUCAAUCAAUAUUAUUGGAUAUGAAACAUUUAUUAAUUGAAGCUAAACAAAAAUUACCACCAUUUUUAAUUGCAUUACAAUCGGAUAGUGAAAAAUAUUUGGAUAUGGGCGAUGAAAAAGGCUGCUCAUAUUGUGGUGGUCUUGGUCAUCGUAUAACUAAUUGUCCGAAAUUGGAAGCCAUACAAAAUAAACAAGCAUCCAGUUUAGGUCGAAAAGAUUAUCUUGCAAGUGGUGCUGCCGAUUGGUAAUCAUUAUCAUCAUCAUCAUUUUCAUUUGUAAAUAUUUAAUAUUCAUUGCCGAUAGAUGUCGACAAAUGUAUUUUAAGUUUGUUUUUUUUUCGUUCGAAAAUAAAAU